UCACGCACUCUCUGUUGGUGUCAGUCAAGAGAACGCACGCUCGAGACCCAGCAUACACUGGUGGCUCUACUCUGGCUCAGUAUGUUUCGCUUGCGCGUGGUUGGUUGGAGUUGCCAAGAAUGUCCUCGUAGUGUACGCAAGGUUUUUGGACUCUAAUGGAAUUAUUAAGACUCUAUGUUGGUUGCAUAUUUAUUUAAAUGAUAGCGAAUAUAUUUCGUAAAGAAAGCUGGCGGGAUAGGUUACUCCGAAAGCAAAACUCCCGACGACCCGAACCAAGUGUACCUCUUCCGAGUUUUUGCGCAAGGUGACAGUGACGACAGUUGAGCUGCCUUCAUAGUUGGCUGAGAGGAACGAGUCGAAUGCUUAUGGAUUACAACUCUGUGAUUAUAUGACAGGGUCGUCUCUUAGUGGAUACAUUAGGGAGGAGAUUUGUGACGCUUUUAUAGUCUGUUUCAUCUUAACGCUUCUCCAAAUUAUUGCAUUGGAUAGUCGUUUAUAAAGAAGACCAUGGCAUCGGAUACCACACCAGUGUUUUCGAAACAGGUGCUCCUGUGGCUGGUUGUAGAGGAAGAAACAAGUUGAAACCGCUCGUCAGAGAGGAAGAGGUGAUCUGUGGUAGGGGCUUGGUGAAUGUUGUGCCAGUCUGUGUCGGUGAUGGCGUGCAGCGGGACCUAUGAGUACGUCAUCGAGGAGUUCUGUCUGGGGAAAUUCAGACUGGACAUGGAGGAACUGGACCAGCAUCGCUGGUGCAGCUGGGAGGACACAGUGGAACCUUACGGUGAGCUCACCAACUGCACCUACCUGAUCGCCCUGAAGAUGGACUGUUUCUGGCCCAACCGGCUGGUGGACGAGUUCUUCAUCCGCAUCCACAAGCACUACUUCCACGACUGCUCCCUGUCGGGACGGCUGCUGCGUGAUCCGCCCAACCGUAUCCUUGGGCCAUUCAUCGUGGUGCCCAUCCUUGUCACGUUGCUAAUGACUGCCCUAGUGGUGUGGAGGAGCAAGCGCAGUGAAGGCAUGGUGUAGCCAGGCCCAACCUCCAGGCCACCAGCCAGGGAGAAGAGGUCUAGAGGAGGCCCCCUUCACCUCCACCUCCAACCAUGACAGACUUAGAUACACAUAACACUGCUGCUACCUACUACAGAACAGACAUCAUGGACCAGGCGAGGGACUGGGAGGCCUGUCUAAGCCUGUCUCAAGGAUAACAUUAUAGAGGAUCUCUGGUCCUAUCAGUCUGUUUGAUAGGAGGCGGAGCUAGAGGCACAGGAUAUAGGAAUGUACACGGAUGACAAGAUGAGAGUUCAUAUAACUACCGUAAUUAUACCCUGCAGACGGACUGGUUUAAAAAUGGAAGAGUGAUUCCAUUGCCCUUUAUCUACUAAAUCCAAUCUGGCUGGAGAAUCACAAGCUGGUUGCCAUGAAGGACAGAUGGUGUCUGAUUGGUUUGAAGGACUUCCUGGACACAUUAGGUAAUUUCCUGUGCAGUGAGUUGAGACACUUUGGCACAGCUCCUGGAGUGGACUUCUUACAGUCAGUCACUGAUUGGUUGAUAUAAAGCAUCGUCCUAUCAUCUCUGUGCUUUAUGGAUGUUGUCUGUGCACUCUGUACUCUCCUCAAACACUGUUUGGUCCCCCCUGUUCCUGUCCUUGCCUGUCAGAACCAACACAUUUCCACACUCCAAGUCCUUACUUUGUGUAUUGUGCCAAAGUACCUGUCAGUAACCAAAAUAAUUACAAAAAUAUUCAAAUCAAAUGUGGCCAUGAAUAGAAAGUGAAUAUGAAAAAGAGAAUAUUAUUUUAUGAUGUGUGCGAGACUGAGGUACAACAUACUGUGCAAAUGAUGGAUUAAUAGCCUACUGUUGGUAUUUCAUAAUGACUGUGUUCAAUAAACUUGGAUUAAAAACGAAGACGUGACAUUGUGUAUCGGGUGCUUUGCAACGCUGGUUUGGUGGGUAUAACUUUUAUCUUCGUAGUCACGAAGCUUGUGGAUUGUUUUGUAAGUUACUGACACAUCAUCGUGUCUGUGUAACAUCUGAGUUGAUUGGGUCUUUAGUAAGGCUAAUGCUGUCAUCACCAGAUAGGGACAUUGCCUUUAAGAGCAGAGCAUCCUGCUAAUGGCAUUUUCUGACGCACUCUUCAUCUUAUUAGUACUGAGAGGCAAAGCGUCUGCGUGUCUGGCUGCCUUACUAAUUGCCUUUAUAUUACUAUGGCUGAGACACGGUUUUGCUAUAAGAUCUGAGCUCCCAAUACCUCCAAGUAGAUACCUGCUUACUCUUCACAGGGCAACGGAAAAUGAUAAAUAUUUUUUCUAUCUCUGUGUGUGUCUCUCUCUCUCAAAGCACCUUGAUUGCUUUAAGAGAUAUACUAAACCUUUGUGGUGCUCUAGUCAGACCCUGUAUUAAAACUCUCCCUGUCAUUAUGAGUCUAGUCUGGCUCCCGUGUAGAACCCAGUGUACUUUGGGAAACACAGUUAAAGACCUCCCAGAGGAUAACUGACUGUUAGUCGUUGGGGACUUCUUUAAGGCAUUAAAUAUAGAGGGCAUAUUUAUCUCAUUAUAAUUUGAUGGUGUUUUAUUCUAGUCUGGUUACCAGUCUGUUUAGCUAUCAUUCCACUCCUUGCCACUCUGUGUUGUAUGUCAAAGAGACUGGCAAAUGUCACGGGAAAUAAACCAAAAUUAAACCAUCUUACUGACCUGAGAACGAAUG